UGGUUAAGCAACCUUAAAAAAUCUCGCUGUUAAGUUGAGGGACCUCCGGUGAACUUAUUCCUUAGCGCCGAAUAUGUCGGGCCGGAUAGCCCAGGAGUCUCGUCCUCUUCCCCUACCCCCAUCGACGCAGGCGGCGCUGUACAGCGGUUAGGAGUUCGACAGAGUGGGGAGAAAGCCGGCGAGGGAAGCCGAAGCAUCGCCGCCUUCCGCCAGCGCCCCACCGGCGGCCGGCAUGGACGAGGAGACGCAGAAGAAGGUGGAGUCCACGGUUCUGGAGAUCCUCCGGGGCUCCGACAUGGAGUCCCUCACGGAGUUCAAGGUCCGCACCGCCGCCGCCGACCGCCUCGGCAUCGACCUCUCCAUCCCCGACCGCAAGCGCUUCGUCCGCCGCGUCGUCGAGGGGUACCUCGAAUCCCUCUCCCAGGAGGAUGAGCAGGAGCAGCAGCAGGAGCAGGCCGGCGGCGCCGGCGAGGAGGGGAAGGACGAACAGGCCGAGGAGGAAGAGGAAGAGGAGGAGGAGGAGGAGGAGGAGCGGGGAGGUGGAACGAAGAGGGAGUACGAUGACGAGGGAGACCUCAUCCUCUGCCGCCUUUCGGCCAGGAGGAGGGUGACUCUUCAGGAGUUCAAGGGCAAGACGCUUCUGUCCAUCCGAGAGUACUACUUCAAGGACGGCAAGGAGCUGCCCGCCAAAGGGAUAAGUUUGACAGUUGAGCAGUGGGAAGCAUUUCGUGAUUCUGUGCCAGCAAUAGAGGAUGCCAUUAAAAAGCUUGGAGAAUCAUCGGACUGAAAGCAUGUUUCAGAAGCCCCUUUUGCCUGUAUCAAAUCAAGAAGGCCUUUGUUCUGGCCCUUUACUUAGGGCCAGUACAGGCUGUAAGUCCGCUAUGGAGGGUCUGGAGGUACUAGGGUUCCUAUAAACUUUUGUAAAACUUAUCCCUUAGUCAAGCUGCAUGAUGCUGUGUAGGGUAGACGGUUGGAGACUUGGAGAAGUAAUUUCUUCAUAUGCUCGUCUUAAUAUUGGAGUUAGUGAUGUACACUGACAUGCAUCUGGCUACUUUAGAAAAAUCAGACAUGGGUUCCAGCAACAAGCCUCUUUUGUUUGGAUCAUGAGGCACUGUCAUCGGACUAACUCAUCUUUAUGAAGAAUUAGUUCUCCGCCGCUAGAUGUUAGUGUUUUUCGUUCAUGCCCUUACACUUGACAAUUGCGUCUUUUUGUCUGGAAGUUGCAAUACUGAUAUGUUUUGGGCAGGUGAUCUGAGCCCUUU